AUGGGGGACCAGCAGCUGUACAAGACCAACCACGUGGCCCACGGUGGUGAGAACCUUUUCUACCAACAGCCACCACUUGGCGUCCACGGCGGGCUGAACCACAACUAUGGGAAUACAGUGCCCGGGGCUGGAAUGGAUGCCCCUCAAGCAUCACCCAUCUCCCCCCACUUCCCUCAAGACACUCGGGAUGGUCUAGGCUUGGCUGUUGGCUCCAAAAACCUUGGCCAAGUGGAUACCUCGAGGCAGGGAGGGUGGGGAGGCCACGCAGGGCCUGGAAACCACGUCCAGCUACGUGGCAACCUGACCAACUCGAACAUGAUGUGGGGGGCGCCAACCCAGACGGAGCCCACUGAUGGCUACCAGUACACCUACUCGCAGGCCAGCGAGAUCCGGACCCAGAAGCUCACCAGCGGUGUCCUGCACAAGCUAGACUCUUUCACCCAGGUGUUUGCCAACCAAAACCUGCGAAUUCAGGUCAACAAUAUGGCCCAGGUGCUGCACACCCAGUCGGCAGUGAUGGAUGGAGCACCCGACAGCGCCCUCCGCCAGUUGCUGUCCCAGAAGCCCAUGGAGGCCCCAGCACCGGCUCUCCCGUCCCGCUACCAGCAGGCGUCCCAGCAGCCUCACCCUGGUUUCACCGGUGGGCUAUCCAAACCGGCUUUCCAGGUCGGGCAGCACCCGAGCCAAGGGCACCUGUAUUACGACUACCAGCAGCCGCUGGCCCAGAUGCCGGUGCAGGGAGGACAGUCGCUGCAGGCCCCCCAGAUGCUAUCCCAGCACAUGCAGCAGCUGCAGCCGCAUCAGUAUUACCCGCCGCAGCAACAGCCACACACUGGGCAGCAGCGGGUGUCCAUGCAAGAAAUGCAGCCACCGCCGCAACAGCAGAUUCGCCCGCCACAGCCCCAGCCCCAGCCACAGCCGCGGCAGGGUUCAAUGCAGAUACCUCAGUAUUACCAGUCCCCACCCAUGAUACAGCCUUUGCCAGAGCCGCAGCAGCCCCAGAUGCACCUGCAGCCCCCUUCUUAUCACAGGGACCCCCACCAAUACACCCCGGAGCAGGCGCACGCAGUCCAGCUGAUUCAGCUGGGCUCCAUGCCCCAGUACUACUACCAGGAGCCCCAGCAGCCCUACGGCCACCCCGUGUACCAGCAGAGCCACCUGCCUCAGCACCAGCAGCCUGAGGACGGUCAGCCCAAGACUUAUCCAGGCGACAGGCAGGCCCAGGCCAUGCUGAGCUCCCAUGGGGACCUGGGGCCUCCAGAUACAGGAAUGGGAGACGCGGCCAGCUCCGACCUGAACCGGGCCAGCAGUGCCCUCCCGCACCGGCCGCUCCUGUCCCCCGGCAGCAUCCACCUCAACAACAUGGGGUCUCAGCACCAGCAGCUGUCUCCCAGUGCCGUGUGGCCCCAGAUGCACCUACCUGAUGGCCGAGCCCAGCCAGGGUCUCCUGAGUCAAGCGGCCAACCCAAAGGAGUGUUUGGGGAGCAGUUUGAUGCCAAGAACAAGCUGACAUGCUCCAUCUGCCUGAAGGAGUUCAAGAGCCUGCCCGCCCUGAAUGGCCACAUGCGGUCCCAUGGGGGGAUGAGGGCCUCCCCCAGCCUCAAACAGGAGGAAGGAGAGAAGGCCCCGGCGCCUCCGCCUCAGCCCCAGCCGCCACUGCCGCCUCCGCCUCCGCCGCCGCCACCUCAGCUCCCUCCCGAGGCGGAAAGCCUCACGCCUAUGGUCAUGCCCGUGUCUGUCCCUGUCAAGCUUCUCCCGCCCAAGCCCAGCUCUCAGGGCUUCGCCAACAGCGUCGCUGCCGCCCCCUCGGCCAGAGACAAGCCAGCCAGCUCGAUGUCGGACGACGAGAUGCCCGUGCUCGUGAGGAUGACCCUCUCUCCCCCACACUCGCCCCACGGGGCUACCCCCAACCCGCCUGCUGAAGUUCCCAAGAAGCACCAGCCAGGCGCGGCCAAAGCCGAGGAAGCCCUCAGGAGCGCGCCAUCGGAGAAGAAGAAGUUCCGGCACCGGCCGGAGCCGCUCUUCAUCCCGCCACCGCCCUCCUACACGCCCAGCCUCGCCGCCCCGCACUCGGGCGCCACCCUGUACCAGAGCCAGCUGCGCUCCCCGCGGGUGCUGGGCGACCACCUGCUCCUGGACCCCGCCCACGAGCUGCCCCCCUACACGCCCCCGCCCAUGCUCAGCCCGGUGCGCCAGGGCUCGGGGCUCUUCAGCAACGUGCUCCUCGCCGGCCACGGCCCCGGCGCCCACCCGCAGCUGCCCCUGACGCCCCUGACGCCCACGCCGCGCGUGCUGCUCUGCCGCUCCAACAGCAUCGAUGGCAGCAACCUGACGGUCACCCCGGGGCCUGGAGAGCAGACUGUUGAUGUCGAACCACGCAUCAACAUUGGCUUGCGAUUCCAAGCGGAAAUCCCAGAACUCCAGGAUGUCUCUGCCCUGGCCAAGGACACACACAGGGCCACACUCGUAUGGAAGCCCUGGCCAGAGCUGGAAAACCACGACCUCCAGCAAAGAGUGGAGAAUCUCCUGAAUUUAUGCUGUUCAAGUGCGUUGCCAGGUGGAGGGACCAAUUCUGAAUUUGCUUUGCACUCUCUCUUUGAGGCCAAAGGUGAUGUGAUGGCUGCUCUGGAAAUGCUGCUGUUGCGGAAACCAGUCAGGUUAAAAUGUCAUCCUUUAGCAAAUUACCACUAUGCCGGUUCGGACAAGUGGACCUCCCUAGAAAGAAAACUGUUUAAUAAAGCACUAGCCACUUACAGCAAAGACUUUAUUUUUGUACAGAAGAUGGUGAAGUCCAAGACGGUGGCUCAAUGUGUGGAGUACUAUUACACGUGGAAAAAAAUCAUGAGGUUGGGGAGGAAACACCGGACACGGCUCUCAGAAAUCAUCGACGACUGUGUGACAAGUGAAGAAGAUGAAGAGGUGGAGGAGGAGGAGGAUCCGGAAGAAGACAGGAAAUCCACAAGAGAAGAGGAGAGUGAAUUGCCCAAGUCCCCGGAGCCGCCGCCGGGCCCGGUACUGGCUCCCACAGAGGGGCCGCCGCUGCAGGCCCUGGGCCAGCCCUCGGGCUCCUUCAUCUGUGAAAUGCCCAACUGCGGGGCGGUGUUCAGCUCCCGGCAGGCACUGAACGGCCAUGCCCGCAUCCACGGUGGCACCAACCAGGUGACCAAAGCUCGGGGCACUGUCCCCUCUGGGAAGCAGAAGGCUGGCAGUGGCCAGAGCGGGUACUGCUCUGUGAAGAGCUCACCCUCCCACAGCACCACCAGCGGCGAGACAGACCCCACCACCAUCUUCCCCUGCAAAGAGUGCGGCAAAGUCUUCUUCAAGAUCAAAAGCCGAAACGCACACAUGAAAACUCACAGACAGCAGGAGGAGCAGCAGAGGCAGAAAGCGCAGAAGGCGGCGUUUGCGGCCGAGAUGGCAGCCACAAUCGAGAGGACUACGGGGCCGGUGGGGCCGCAGGGGCUGCUGCCCCUGGACCAGCUGAGCCUGAUCAAACCCAUCAAGGACGUGGACCUCCUCGAUGACGACGUCGUCCAGCAGUUAGGAGGCGUCAUGGCAGAGGCCGAGGUCGUGGACACCGGUCUCCUCCUGGAUGAGCAGGCUUCAGUUUUGCUUCAGGGUGACACGGAACUCUGA